CACCAGCGCAUCCUUUCUCCAUGGGGCUUUCCCCCCUCAGUGCACACCAACAUUCAAAGGAGCCAUGAGAGGGGUGAGGCCUACAGGAUAAGCAAACACUGCUGGACCCUCUUCUCCUCCCGAGCUCGAGUCUCUCGGUCCGGUAUGUCUGCGAGCCUGCUCUCGCCAUGCCCGCUGCUGAUCGCUCCGUGCUGCCGCUGCUGCUCAUUCUGCCGUCGCUGCUCCUGAUUUGCUGCCUGGAUGAGGUGGUGGGAGCAGCGGAGGAGGGCGGUGGCCUGCCCUCCUCCUCACCCGGGGACAAUGGCCUCACCGUCGCAGUCGGAGAGCAGUCCGCCACCGAACCGACGGCCCUGGGGAGGUUUCCCAGCACCACCGCUGUGAUAGAAGAGCCCGAGUUUGCCCUGAGGGUUCUGGUGAGGGACCUGGUGACCCGUCAGGCGCUGCCGGGUGCUUCCGUGGAUGUUUAUGUAAACCACACCCUGAGGAACUCCGUCCGAACAGGGGAGAGGGGUGAAGUUCUGCUGUGGGUGUCGUACAGCCCGGGACUCAGCCUUACUCUGCUGGGCAACAUGGAGGGCUACGUCCCCAGCCCUCUGCCCUGGAGCUCCACCAAGAGGCCGAUUUUCUCUGCUGUGACGCUGCUGCUGCUGCCUCACAUUCAGGGAAACAUCUGGCUGUAUCAAGACUCGGUCCUCAUCACCGGGAAGUUACCGGACAGCUCAUCCCAGCCCAAGGUCCAGUUCCCGAAGAACCUCCUCACCAUGUCUGAUAACAGCAACGUCUCCUCUGUGACGGCUUACCUGACCAUACCACAGCAUCACCUGGCGAAGGACUGUGCCAACUGCACCCCAGGCAUCAUCAGCCAAAAAUCCUUGUUGAGAGGCAUCGAGCUGAAGGCGGUGGCAGCGGUGGAUAUCCUGCUGUACUCUGCUGGGCAGGAGCUCCAGGUCCGAGGGCCCAUUCAUAUUAGCCUGCCCCUGGGACACAGCACCCGCCUAAGGGCCUCUGACACCGUGCCAGCCUGGGCCUUCAACGUAAAGACAGGUGCCUGGGAGAAUCAGGGUCUUGGAAUAGUGAAAGCAGCUGGGGAUGAGCUGGUUUGGACCUACACUGCUUCCCAUCUGGGAUACUGGAUCGCCGCCCCGAUCCCCACAUCACACGGUUACCUUUGGCAUGGAAGAUCCUUAGAUUUCAUCUCGUACCACGCCUAUUUGAUCAUGGGAGUUAUGGGAGCAUCGCUGGCUCUUGUCAUUGGAUGUCUCUCCUUGUUGCUGUGUCACUGCGGGAGAGACUCUUAUCGAGAGCCCAGGAGGAGAGCACGCUUUUCCAAACUCACAGUGGUGAAAAAAGACCAAACCACCUCCACCCACAUGGAGGAGGGCUUGCUGUUCCGUUCUGGAGACAACAGCCGCGCUUCCUGUAGUGUCCAGUGCGAACCCUCCAACACGCCGAGGCACAAAGCCAACUACAACAUCUAUGUGGAGGAUCCAGGGAGCCGCCCAGGGGCCGCUCUAUACGAGAACAUCGCUCUGGAUCGGAUCAAAGGCUCCCAGCAGCCCUCUCACUACAUCAACAGUGAGGAGGUGGCUCGGAUACGGGAGAAGGCAGAGCUGAACCGGGCCAACAUGAACUCUGACAACUUCUUUCAAGAUAAGCUGGUCCACAUUUAUAACCAGCCAGUGGCCAUCAUCCAGGCUCCAGAGCUGUUCACAGCUCAGGACCUUUCCGCCUGCAAGUCGGCUACUUUCCCCCGCAAGGGGGAGUAUGAUGCUCACUCAGAUCCAGCGAAUAAAGACCACUACACCCAGACACUACCCAAAGGUGGAAGCAGCCCACAGCAGAGCAGCCAAGAUGAGCCCCAGCCUCUGGAGACCCCUCCUGCAGGCCAAGGCCCUAAUGCCUUGUGGGGCCGCUACAAUAACCUGCUGGAGUCCUCCGUCUCCGUGCCUGGGACUCUGAACGAGGCAGCUGGUAUGGGGGCCUUCGGCGGGGGCCGCGGAGGACCCAGCGAGCUGCAGGGGAUUUCAGAGCGCACCUUGCUGGAGCUGACCCGAGGGAAGUCUCCCCGGGCCUGGUUCGUCUCCUUAGAGGGGAAGCCGGCUGCCUCGGUUCGCCACUCCAUCAUUGAGUUGCAGAAUCGCCACCGCCCGCACAGCAGCAACGACACCAGCCUGGACUCGGGGGUGGACAUGAACGAGCCGCUCCAGAACAUCCGCGAGACGGAGCGAGAGAGGAGAUCCAUCAGGGCCUCCUCCCUGCCGUUCCACAGCCGUGCGGGGCGUUAUGGUGAAGAGCAGGACCUGAGCAGCAGUGAGAGCGGGACCACAGCCACCUGCACGCCUGAGGACCCAUACCUCAGGAACAUUUUAGACGGGAGCAGCGGGGCUAUUCCUAAUAUCCCUGAGGAGCGAGACGGGAUGGAUACCUCCAGCGCUCAGGAGGACAGCGAGUCCAGAGGAACGCCGCCCCCACGCCGCCUGAGGAAGGUGAGGGAGAAGGGGAAGACAGAAAAGAGGAGCGCCAAGCACGUCCGCGAGGGGAGACCUCUGACCAAGAGAAGUUAGAGCAUGACUUGUUGCAAACUUUUUUUUCCAUUAGUGCUUAACUAAUAUGUCUCAUUGAAGCCACACUGAGCUGUAUUCAUCACAUGGCGUCUUUAAAAUGAGUUUUUGCUCACGCAGGCAUUGUUGGUGUCGAGUUACGUGAUUGUACAACUUUGCCAAAGAAUGCAUACGCUUGCUCAAGAUAUCAAGCAGGAUCUAUGUCACGUCCAAUCAUGAUGUAACUGCUGUUAGACGCGUGUGUGCACCACCAUUCUCUGAAUCUGAACAUCACCAGCGAGAUUCUUCACAGCUAAAUGUCCAUGAGAACACCACAUCCCACCGUCCCCAGUACCGGCAUUAAAGAGGUUGCCUUCUUGCUGCCUGUCAUCAUUGAAUAUGAUCACAUAGGGCACAGUAUUUGUCUAGAUCUAGUCAAAUCCGAUGAGUUUGCAGGAUGGACACAGUGCACUUAUCCUCACCAUAAAUGCCUGUUGUUAAUAAAUAAGAUACAGUAGCUUACUGACAUUAUGUUGUCAUCAUUCGGCCUGAUUUUCUGAAACUCUAGGGAAAGAUUCAAUAAGCUCUGUCACAACAUUAUAUUGGAUUUCUUAAGAACUACAACUUUCCACCUCUCACUGGAUUUCGGACAAAAACACAGAUGUUCAUUGUGACGCUAAGCUGCCAUUUUGAAGUUAAACACCUGAUAGUUAAGGUUUUAGGCCUAGGAUUAUUUUAGAAUGCAUGAAAAAGAAUGUUUCCUCGCGUGUAUGAAAAUAUUUUGUAAGUAACUCAGUCAUCGUAGCUGUUUGAUUACUUGGGGAUUGAAUGUUACUUUUCAUUGUCUUGGAAAGACACUCAGUGUUGUGCUGCCGACUGUAGGGGAUUAUUAAAACAAAAAUACCCCAGGACUAGGAUUUAUCAAUCACAACUAAAUAUCCAGAAGAACUGUAUUAUCCCUCUACACUUUAUUUAAUUAAUUUGGUGCCUUGGAGUUUCCAGCAUGUAUUCCCAAACCUCUUUUUACUUUGUCCCAAAGAUAUUUACAUCCUGACCAUGGGAUUAAAAUGUUAUGGGUAUGACCGUAGAAAGAAAAAUGUUUUUUAAAUGAAUUUGUAAUUGUCUGAAAUAAUAUUUUGUACAGUUAAUAACAUUAACAUUAACAUUAAUCAAACAGGCUUUGGUAAAAAUACAAUUCUAACAGAACAACGUUGUCAAUUUGUAUAAAGAAGGAUUUUACUUUAUAAAAAGAGUCAAAUGUUUGCUAACCCUAACCCUGUCCUCUAACUGACACGGCAGCUUUUGUUUUGACUCCAAUAAAGCACACUACACUUUAAUACCUGCCCUUUUGUUAAAAACGUGUUACAUUUUGAGAAACUAUUACGGCAACAGCACAAUUUCUGAACACUGACACUGGUCAUCCAUGACGUUUGGCAAAACCUUCACCACGAUCACCACAAAGCGAGCAAUAUUUAUCAUCAUUGGAAAUCUAAAAUGGAAAAUCUAAUUUUUGCCAUAUUCAGUCUUCCUUCUAACUGUAAAAAUGUUCCCUGAUGAGUUCACGUUGUGUAUUCGGCUCGAUUCUGUAGCUACAUUCAUGUGUUCUUUUGUAUAUAGUAAGGCAACAUUUCAUAUAUUACGUGGCUGUGAUUUCACUUGUUUUGUGCCGUUUUCUUCCAUCUAAAAGUCUGAGAGGUGCGUCAGUGUGUUUCGGUGAAUGUUCGAAGGUUUUUGAACCAGUCAUAUGAGAUGUUAUCCAUAAGGUUAGCCUAAAGAGUUGAGUUUUUUUUUAACAGGGAGUGUACAACAAGCCUGAGCUUUGUCAUUUUUAAAUGUAGCAACAAGUUGAUCACUUAAUCAUUCGGUAUGCUUACAAAUGAAGAUGUGUUCUCCUGGUAGCCAUCAGCUUGAAAACACAGCACACAGUAGUUUGUGAACACUUGGUGCUGAUGUACUGCCACUCCCGUUUUAAAGUGAUCUCUCUGAAUGUAUUUGUAUUGAUUUUGAUGUGUUCUCUAGUGUGCUCCCCUUGUGUCUACCCAUCGAACCUCAUGGGCUUUUGUUUCUUCCAAAAUGGCCACCUCUUGUGUUUACCUCUGUGAUUAUGGUAGUGUUAUUAGUCUUGCCUUUUUUGUGCACUAAAUUAAUAAACUUACUUGAUACCAAA